CAGGCUCCCCCCCACCUCCGCUCCGCCUCAGCGGCGCUCCGCGGUCAUUGGGGACAGAGGGAACAACAGCGGAGCAUGGAGACUCCAAUGGUCAGGCACUCCCACACAUGCACCCUGGGAUGUCGGUGGAGAGGAAGAGGGGGUACCAGGGGUCGGGAGGAGGGAGAGGAGGGCUGCGGAGCUCAGUCGCUGGAGCUGAGCGCGGGAAGGGGGGAGGGGCGGAGGCUCCUCUCCAGCCUCCAGGGUCUGGGGACUCUGGAUGUCAGAGAGAGCAGGAGGUGUAACAAUUCAGCAGAGGUCGGGACGUACCACGGAGCCCAGUGGCGGGGGGCCAGAGGACGUGGUCACCGAGGGGAGCCCCCGCCCCCCUUCUCAGAGGCCUAUGGCUGGGGUUGCGGGGAGUAUUGGAACUGAGCUCUUGGUCUGGGGAGGCGGUGCGUUAAAUCCGCCCCCUCUUCAUACUCAACUUCCGAGGGAGGUGGGCGAUAGAGGGGAGGUUGGGGUUGGACCAGCGGCGAGGGAGCCCCUCCCUUGCACCUCCCCCCACUGGACUUGGUCGCGCCCGAAGUGUAACACUUUCUCUUUGUCGGAGGAGCUCCUCUGUUUCCUGUGCAGUAGCUCCCGUUACGGCGGCUCCCGUGGCAGCCCUGGCGGACGCAGGAGCGAUGGCAGCGACCGAUAUAGCUCGCCAGGUGGGUGAAGGUUGCAGAACUGUCCCCCUGGCUGGACAUGUGGGGUUUGACAGCUUGCCUGACCAGCUGGUGAAUAAGUCAGUCGGCCAGGGCUUCUGCUUCAACAUCCUGUGCGUGGGAGAGACUGGUUUGGGCAAGUCCACCCUCAUGGACACUCUGUUCAAUACCAAGUUUGAAGGGGAGCCGGCUACACACACGCAGCCGGGUGUCCAGCUCCGGUCCAACACCUAUGAUCUCCAAGAGAGCAACGUGGGGCUAAAGCUGACAAUUGUUAGCACAGUGGGCUUUGGGGAUCAGAUCAACAAGGAGGACAGCUACAAGCCCAUCGUGGAGUUCAUCGAUGCACAGUUUGAGGCCUACCUGCAGGAGGAGCUGAAGAUUCGAAGAGUGUUGCACACCUACCACGAUUCCCGAAUCCACGCCUGCUUGUAUUUCAUCGCCCCAACGGGUCAUUCCCUGAAGUCUCUGGACCUGGUGACAAUGAAGAAGCUGGACAGUAAGGUGAACAUCAUCCCCAUCAUUGCCAAAUCAGAUGCCAUUUCUAAGAGUGAGCUAACAAAGUUCAAAAUCAAAAUCACCAGUGAGCUUGUCAGCAAUGGGGUCCAGAUCUAUCAGUUCCCUACAGAUGAUGAGUCGGUGGCAGAGAUCAAUGGAACCAUGAAUGCCCACUUGCCAUUUGCUGUCAUUGGCAGCACCGAAGAACUGAAGAUAGGCAACAAGAUGAUGAAGGCGCGACAGUAUCCUUGGGGCACCGUGCAGGUUGAAAAUGAGGCCCACUGCGACUUUGUGAAGCUGCGGGAGAUGCUGAUUCGGGUCAACAUGGAGGAUCUGCGGGAGCAGACCCACACCCGGCACUAUGAGCUGUACCGCCGCUGUAAGCUGGAGGAGAUGGGCUUCAAGGACACGGACCCUGACAGCAAACCCUUCAGUUUACAGGAGACAUAUGAGGCCAAAAGGAAUGAGUUCCUAGGGGAGCUUCAGAAAAAAGAAGAGGAGAUGAGACAGAUGUUUGUCCAGAGAGUCAAGGAGAAAGAAGCGGAACUCAAGGAGGCAGAGAAAGAGCUGCAUGAGAAGUUUGAUCGCCUGAAGAAAUUGCACCAGGAUGAGAAGAAGAAGCUGGAGGAUAAGAAGAAAUCCCUGGAUGAUGAAGUGAAUGCUUUCAAACAGAGAAAGACAGCGGCUGAGCUGCUCCAGUCCCAGGGUUCCCAGGCUGGAGGCUCACAGACGCUGAAGAGGGACAAAGAGAAGAAAAAUAAUCCAUGGCUGUGUACUGAAUAGUAUUCCCUGCUACAGCUGGACUGGACUCCAUUUAGCCUUUUAAGCCAAGGUUCCUAUUAUAACUGACAGCUUUCCUUUGGGGUGCCAGGCAGCCAGCACCUCCCCUUGCCAUGUACUUCAAGUCCCACUUCUUCUUUUUGAGUUCUGCUACUUGCUCCUGCCUUGCAGUCCCACUGGGCACUGACCAUGACCAUCUUCUUCUUUUUUUCUUUUUUUUUUUUUUGAGUUUUUUUUUCAUCAUUUCCUUUAAAGCAUACAAACAAGGCUAAUUUCCUAGCCUUUUUUGAAGUGUUGAGAAAGGGGAGGGGUUUCUCUCUUCAGUAAUAGAUAAUAGUAGGAAGCAAAAAAAAAAAAAAAGCAAAAAGUAGAAUACAUGAAAAGCAAACAUACGCACACGCUUUCUCAUGUUGGCAAAGCCAGAGUGCAGUUUUGAUGCCUAUGGUUUGGUGAUUCACUGAUUAGUUAGCGGGUAGAGAGGCCAGUAUGAAGACGACGCUGCCAAAGCAGAAAGCUAGUUUCUUAGGAAAAUCCUGGUCACAGUGGAGCAUUUUAAAGACCUUGUGCUUGGAAGUAAAAACAUUCCCCCCCCCAAAAAAAAAAACCUUAAAAUGGUAACAAACAAACAAACUACCCCCCACUGAGAUACUCAGCCAGCAGUUUAGAGGGAAGCUGAGUCAGGGCUGUUGUCCUUGAGAAAGGCUACUUAAUUUGUAGCUUUGAUUAACUUCAGAGCUGCUUUCUCAGAAGCUCACACUUAACCAACCGGUAAUCACCGUCUCCCCGGGUAAUUAUUUGCAUUAUAAACCGGAGGACCCCUCAUUUGCAUUUGUUUACAGAUUAACGGCCUGAGGCUUGAGGAGCUGUGACUAUUUCAAAAGUAAUAAAGCCACACAGCCUUUGAGAAACUGUCAGAAGUGAAAAAGGAAUUUUAUAGAAGGGAGACAUUUUGGUCAGUAAGACAGAUGUAACCCACUUAUUACAUAAGAGGAAACUGAAGCCCAGAGAGGUAGAGACUUGACCUCGGUCCCACUGCUGUUUCCUGGCAGAAGCCAGGCUAAAUUCUGCGCCGUCUGACUCCCAAUCCAUUUCCCAGAGGCAUUCAAUAUGUUUGUACAUUCCUGGAGACAAGCAAGGUCUUUUGAUAUUCUGAAAAACUGAAUAAUCAGAAAACUUUUCAGGUUAUUCCUUGGAGAAAAAUAUCUGAGGAUAGAGCACGUGAGGGUGGGUCAAGGCAAAGGUUCUGGGUUAGCUCUGUAAGGAGUCACAGGGCACCUGCACGGGGUCAAGGCACGGAUCUGUUUAACAAGUGCCAUAGGUGAUUCUCUCAUCAGAGAAGAGUAGUAUACAAAAACCUAAUCUGUGAGGAUAAGACCUUUAAAAAGAUGAUCAAGCCUAUUAAAGGAAGUGAAAUGCUUAUUUCACUGGGUAGCUUUUCUCACUGUAGAUAGAAAGGUUUUCCUGGCUUGGCGCCUGUGGCUCAAGGGCUAAGGCGCCAGCCACAUACACCUGGGUUGGCGGGUUCGAAUCCAGCCCAGGCCUGCCAAAACAACAAUGAUGGCUGCAACCAAAAAAUAGCCGGGCGUUGUGGCAGGUGCCUGUAGUCCCAGCUACUUGGGAGGCAGAGGCAAGAGAAUCGCUUGAGCCCAGGAGUUGGAGGUUGCUGUGAGCUGUGAUGCCAUAGCGCUCUACCCAGGGCGACAGCUUGAGGCUCUGUCUCAAAAAAAAAAGAAAAAAGAAAGGUUUUUCCCUUCUUCAAUGAAAAGGCUUUUAAAUUGGUACAAUUGUUAUUAUUUUUAAAACAUACCCUAAGUGCUCUGUUUACUUCUGGUGAAACCAAACCAGUCAUUAGAAAUGGUCUAUGCUUUUAUUUUCCCAGACUGGAAUGGCUUUUCUGAAACACACACAUGCACGCACCCCUCAUUUCUCUGAAGCCAAGAACUUUGCUUUCCCUAGCUGCCGUGCAAAUCGAUCUUUUUGUUUAUGUUUGUCGUUUUAAUCAUUUGGCAUUCACAUGUGGCUGUUAAUAUGUGCUUGUUUUUAAUUAAAACAAGAAGCUUUAAA